ACUCGCGCGGAAUUUGAUAUUACAAUUUUGCAGGUGAUAAUCGCGUCCGGUGACCAGCACUCGAUGGAUAUGUCGAUCAAGCACUAUAUCUUGAUUUUUGGAAUGCUUUUUUCUGGGACUAUAAACACAGUGUCUAAAAAGGUUCAGCUAGACUGCAUUGCUCUAGGAUAUUUCAAUCACACGGCAAAUGAUACUCGCACACCACAUAACUUCAAUAAACCAUGGUUCCAGACAUUGCUCAUGUUCUUCGGUGAAGGAUUCUGUAUUUUCGCUUUUCUUAUAAUGAGAUUCAGGAAAAAGAGGCAAAUCCUUGCUCAUGGUUUCAGUACUAUUGGCGUUCACACCAGGGGUCAUAGCUUAGUAAGCACACCUGUUUUCAACUGGAUUUUCUUGUUGCCAACGUGUUGUGACCUGUUAGGCUCAACGUUAGCAGGCAUUGGUCUUCUGUACAUCGAUGCGUCUAUUUGGCAAAUGCUUCGAGGAUCACUUAUAGUAUUUGCUGGAAUACUUUCGGUUAUAUUUUUAAAGCGUCGUUUGCGUUAUUUUCAAUGGACUGGAAUCAUGAUCACUGUGAUUGGAUUAGCUCUUGUCGGUUCAAAGUCUGUGUUCAGUGAACACUCAAUCAAGACAACUGUUACCCAGUCAGCAAUAGGACUCACAUUGGUGUUAGCAGGCACAUUCACAUCUGCCACACAAAUGAUAGUAGAAGAAGUUUUCUUAAAAAAUCGUGGCUUUCAUCCCUUACAAGCCGUUGGAAUGGAAGGCAUUUUUGGAUGUCUUUUAAUGUGUGGUAUUGUACUUCCAGCUAUUCAUUACAUCCCUGGAAAUGAUUUAAAUGGAUCAUAUGAAAAUGUGAUCGAUGCAAUCUAUCAAAUUGGAAAUGAUUAUAUUCUAUUAGGCAAUUGUAUACUAUACGUCUUUUCGAUUGCAUUCUUUAAUUAUUGUGGCCUGUCGAUUACUCGAAGUCUUAGUUAACAUCUAAUCUGUCCAAAGUUCAAGGUUAUUAAUUGCAAUCCUGAUCAGCCGAAAUACUAUAUAUUACAAUCAAAUCCAGUAGUUCACUAACUGAACUACUCUUUCUUAACCCUGUGAAUCGUAAAUUCCAUGUUUAGAAAAGCAAUGAAUGUGUACUCCUGAAGAAAGUUUCUUAAUUCUAUGAAGCAGAUGUUUGAAGCAUUAGUCAUCAGAAUACUGUUAGCCCAUGAUGUAAAUUAAUUUGUUACUAUUAAAUUAUAUCCAAAUGAUUCAUUUGAUUCAAUAGCUAUAAAAUAGUAAAAUUUCUAGUUAGCUGGAGGAUGUGACAUUGAUAUUGGGAGCCGUACUUAUCCAGUCUGAUAUAAGUAUUCACUGUGUUUUAAUAUUACAAAGAAUUUAUCAUACAAGUAAACUACAGAUGUGUAGAAUCUUUGAAGACCAUUAUCUACUCUAUAUUAAUGAUGGAUAGCGGCUAGCAGUGGAGUCGUCCUAUUUGAUGCUCGUCAGCUGGAUGUUCCUGCCUCCUAGAUAUUGGAGACCUUCAUUAAUAUAAAAUUGAAACACAGGCAAUAUCGAGGCAUCCACGUAGGAGCUCAUAUUCCAAUAGAGACCGGUCAAUUCGAUCUAAUCAACUACCGGAUAAUACAAGUAACAAAAUUAUCUAUUCUUUUAUUUCAUCUGAGGUGAAUCAAGUACAGUUUAUCUGAUAUCUCACAAAAGAAAUGCACAAGGCUGGAGUAAUUAGAGUAGAACAAUCUAUGACAUUUUUGGGAUUUCUCCUGCUGCAACCCAGGUGUUCGUUCCACCUUCAAUCACUAUUCAGUAUCAAUAAUAGUCCUGUCGAACCAUGACUAUCUUAUAGAGUUCCAUUAGUGCGUAAGAUUUAUCUGGAAUCUAUGCUAAAAAUGUUGUUAGCAGCUGAGAAGAAUUCCUGAAAUAGAGUAAUGUUACACGGUUUGUUCUGUUCCAAUCAUUGUUCCUACUUUAUUAACGUUUACAAAGGGAAAGAAUUGUAUGAAAUAAUUUUUAGAUGGAAUGGGACGUUUACUAGAGUAGUGGUUUUUUUGGUCAUGAAUUGCAUCGACUUACAGUUUUUCGCAACUCAAGGGAUACAUAUAUCGAUGUAAUGAAAGUGAAAGAGAGGUGAGGAAUUUAAUUCUAUACUACGUGAUUGGUCCGCCUUAUGGUGAACCGUUCAGUAUUGGAUGGGGUAUUAUUGAAAUUGAUGGUUUUGCACUGCUCAUUAUCGGGACAUUAGUGCAUAAUCGUGUGCUUGACAUCACUUUGUUGCCGUGUUGUCCUAAUUCACCGGAGCCAAUAUUGACAACAGAAGCAAUAAGAAGCAUGAGUGAAUCAUCUGAACCAUAUUCACUUGAUUAUACCGAUACAAUAGAUUCUAGUGAUGAUGAUCAUUACGAUGACGGUGAACCAAUGAAUGGAAGUAUUGGAGACGCCAUUACCAAUCGUUUUUAUGAUCGAGAGCACGUACAACUACUGAAAACUCCUAUUGUCGGUGCUAAAUCAUUGAAUUACUCAUCAAUAAACUAAUAACUGAUAAUAUUUUUUCUUCAUUUUACACAUUUUGGCAAAAAAUCAUUCAUGUACAGCUGAUUAUCACAUUUUUAUUAAUUUCUCUUUUUGUUUAUCAUUGAAAAUUGUUUAUACGUUAAUUCCUUGAUUUGAAUUAUUUUUUAUCAAGAUAUACUCCAACAAUCCAAUCUGUCCUGAAAAUGACCAUAUUUCUGUUCACCUCUUAAUGGAAAAACAACAGCUCUCUGUAUUCUACAAUGUUUCUGAUUUUUACCUUUUCAAUUCCACUUCUUUCUAGUGAAUUGGCUAAAUACUUUUACUACUGACCAGUAUAAUUUUCUCUUUGCAUUGAUUUUAAUGUUGACAGUCAUGUUGUCUGUCGGGGAGUAGGUGAAUUUCUAUUACAACUAAAGUUCAGUAUAAUUUCCAGUGGAUAUAUGUUUGCCUCAGUUUCAUAUCUGUAAAACUGAAGUACAAAUAUUUUUUUCUGUGCUUU